AUGAGCGUUUCCAAUCGACCUGGAGGUGUUUUCGCGACCACGGCAGCACUGGGAAGGUAUGAGGCGCUCAAGUACAGCAUUCUGGAAGUAAUCCAUGGCACUGAUGCUGGAGAUUUCGGCUUCGGAGUUGUGUCGAAGGGCGCUGACAAGCGGUGGCGGUGA